CCCAGUGGGGAGCUUUCACCGUGGUGGGGUAUCUUCUCUACAGAUUCUCACAGAGUCAGUCACCUGUUGACACACCGGUUAGGUUCAGUUUGGAAAGAUGCCCUGCCAGAUAAAUCACGACGACUCUCGUGUCAUCACUGUACAGAGCGAAGGCUAGAAACUUGAUCAACUGAAGUUGAGAAACGGAAUAGAUUUGCACUAAUCAGUCCCACUGUUAAAAGUUGACCUCCAGAGAGUAGUGUGGGGGGCUUGAAUGUAUUACUCAGUCAGUCGCUCAGAAAAGUGAGUACACCCCUCAUUUUAUUGUGUUUUUAUGGGACAACACAGAAGAAUUAACACUUUGCUACAAUGUAAAGCACUUUGUGAAUAGCUUGCUCCUUAAGAAGGAUUAACACACAGCCAUUGAUGUCUAAACCACUGGCAACAGAACCCUUCCUGCACUGAUCCGAUGGCCAAUUCGUCUCUUCUGCUCUUUAACGGGUCUGUCAGCUCUUUGGGGCUGGGUGAGCCGCAUUGUGGGGACCCUCCGAGGUACAACAUGCAACAAUAUUCCCUCAGAAUACAUUCAGAUAGUGCCGAACAGCAACAACAUACACGACCUGUCUGCUACGUUUUGUCUAUAGGAAUCCAGAGCCUGUGUAAAUGGCUGUCUCGAAUUUGGAAGUUUAUCAAAGCAUUUUCCUCCAAAUUCCAUUGGAUGCUUCCUAUCAUCAGAUCCAUCACAGGGUCUAGUGAAGGGAGUUUGGAGAAUGAGAACAUUAGACUGAACCUGUCCAGUCCCUUGAAAGCAGGCCUCAGACUAAUCCUCGUGGGCCCUGCUGGUGGAGGACGCACAUCAGUGGCAAACACUUUGUUGGGCUGCAGUGCAGAACAACCAGAGGAACAUCUCAUGGAGAGCACCAAAAGAAGGGCAAUAGUGGACGGUAGAGAACUUACUGUGGUCGACACCCCGGAUAUACUGGGUGUAUCGUUGGGGAGAAUAACGAGAGCCAAAGAAGGCCUGAGGAGCGUUCAGCUUGUGGGCCCCGGUCCUCACGCCGUCCUGCUGGUGAUGCAGGCGCCACGCUCCAGCAACGAAACCCACCAGGAGACUAUGCAAGUGAUCCAAGCAAUACUGGACCUGUUUGGAGAUGGCAUCCGAGGCCACGUUAUCCCAGUGCUCACCCAUGCUGACCGCCUGGGUCGACGGCACACUUUUGAGCGGCUGCUGGAUACGGAUGUCGGCGGUGUGAAAAGACUGACGUCUCUAUGCGGUCAGAGGCCUGAGCUGCUGGACACUAGGCCAGAUCGGUCCCCGGAGGAGCAGAGCGUGACGCGCAGGCUGCUGGUGGGGCGGGUCCUAGAACUGAAGGGGCUCUGGGGACAUUUUAUCCAUGAGCUGCAGAGGAGGGAUGAAAGAAUCAGAGAGGAGCUGCUUGCUGACAUGACCUCUGCACUGAGCAGAAAACUGGGACACAUGUAGAUGAUGACAGCGUGGCUAUGAAAUCAUUAAAAAAAAAAAAAAAGGAGCCACUGUUACUUUAACUGCCACUGC